CUUUUUCUUCGAGAAUCUGGUUCUUUGCAUUAAAUAUAAUCUCUAGCACUAGAAUCGUUUUAUUUUUUAUUUUUUACUUUUUUUGUUUCUUUUCGUUGGUUGUUCGAUUGACUUGUUUUUCCUCGUCUUGUAUUGUGUUCGGAGAUUAGCUGUUCGUUUUAUCGCUGACAAAAAGGUGAAUCUUUUUUUCUCAAAAAUGAGCUGGAGCUCACAGAUGGAAGUUCAUUAUCCGAACCAUGCCAUGCCAUCUAAUUCGAUGGGAGGCUUUGUGGAUUUUUUUGGAGGUCUUAACUAUGAUCAUGGAAAUUUCAUUUUUGCUGAUGCUCCUUUUGUUCAGGAGAGUUCUUAUGCAGCAGCGAAUACUAAUUUGUACAAAUAUGCGGUUUCUGAACCUGGAAGUUUCUCAUGCUAUGAAUAUUGGCCUGGUUAUGUGGUAAAUGAUCAAAUGACUGGAAUCGAUGAAUAUAAUAAGCAUUUGGAAAGCCCUUCAUCAGUGGCUGAUGAUCAGGCUACAGUUUCACAUGUUGAUCAGGAAGGACAUUUGAGCUCCACUUCACAUGCUGAUCCUUUGGAGUGCCCUCGGAAUCUUCAGAAUACUCGUGAUUAUGAGGCUGUUUGGCAAGACAACAUUAACCCUGACAACAUGACUUAUGAGGAGUUACUUGAGUUGGGUGAAGCAGUUGGAAAUCAAUGCAGGGGUCUUUCUCAAGAACUUAUUGUGUUGCUCCCAAUAUCAAAAUUCAAGUGUGGUUUAUUCUCCAGAAAGAGAUUCAGAGCUGAAAGGUGCGUAAUCUGCCAGAUGGAGUACAAACGAAAUGAUAGGCAGAUGAUUCUUCCUUGCAAACAUGUCUACCAUGCAGGUUGUGGAAGCAAAUGGCUCAGUAUUAACAAAGCUUGCCCAAUUUGUUACAAGGAAGUGACUGUUAACGCUCCAAAGGACUAAAGCAAUAUUCUUAUCAGCACGGGAUGGUGCUUGAUUUUCCAUUUUGGUUCAAGGUUUUACUGUUUUUUCUACAACUUUUUUCUUCGUUUUCCAUUCGUAAUUUACUCUGUUUGUUCUAUAUUAAAAUAUUGAAGUUCUUGGUAGAUAAGGUUAGUUGUUUUACUUGAUAACAUUUUCAUUGGGAGUAUAUUUACCACAGUUCCAUAUGGUUUUCAUAUU